AUGGCGCCGCCACUCGGCCACGACGAGAAGAAAUGGCUCCAUUGGCUCAACUCGUUGCCCCUGGCGAGCUGUUUGCUAGUGGACAGCUUUGCAGGUCUCCAGAGCGGGGACGUCCUGUUCCAAAUUGCCGGUGCGCUGCAGACACUGCAACCGCCUUUGUUGAAAGCGUCGGCGGCAGCACAGGCGGCACACAAGAUCCAACAAGUUCUGAACGUUGUCAUGCCACAUAUCCCAAGGCAUGCCAGUGGGUACCAACUUCGUGAUCCAGAGAGCGUUCUGGACGUUCUCGACGGGCACGUUCCAGCCAUCUGCACCGUCCUAGCGAUUCUCAAGACUCUAUGGGUGCAACGUCACAUUCGCCUCCAGCAAAAGCUUUACAUCGAUGCCCAAGUUGACACUCUCCAACACACGCCGCCGCCACCCCGUCGUCCUACCAAACAUCCUCCGACGAAAACCACUGUUGCUGUAUCAUACCCAGCGCCAGCUCGCCUCGUCCCGAAAGCGUUCCGCCCGCCUUCAGUCGCAUGGAACACGUCGACGUUGGUGGAGCCAAGUGGCACCACGCACGUGACAAAACCCUCGACUACUCCAAACCAAGCUCGCCCCACGACCGCUCCGCCGCAACAACCAUUUCACGUCCAAUACAUGAUGGAUCCACUGUGGAUUACCCCAGACACAAGCGGAAUCGGGAUUCGACCAACUCGUCAACGCCCCAAGGCGCCGAUCUUGGCCCUGCCCAAGGCGUAUGCCGUCUGUCGAUGGCUUCGUUCCCUUGGCAUUGCUCUUCCAUUCGACCGACUGCCUGGGGCCGAAGCAUGUACUGCCGAAACGUUCGUGGCUCUCUCUGGCCGCGCAUUCCAGGACGGUGUCAUUCUAUGCCAAGUGGCCGCAGUGCUCGCGUAUCGCUCGGGGCCGCCGUUUGUCAAGUCCAAGCUGCGACCUCUUGUGGACCAACCCGGCCGAUUUGUUCCCCAAGGAUGCUGCGUCGCCCCGCAGAACGCAGCCCACAAACGGCACAAUGUCCAACUCGCACUGACAUUUCUCCGGCAGCUCCACGCAAUCCCGUCGACGCUAGUCCACGUCGACGACCCGGACCAUCCCCAAUUCAUCGCCGAUGUCUGGCACCUCCUGCAUCGAGUGUUCAAACUCUCGACAAAGACCAACGCGUUCGCCGCCGAAUCUGCUCUGGAGUCGUCCCCGUCGAACGAGCGUCCCCCGGCAAAGCUGAACAGAUUGCCAUGCGUCACCGUCGAGCAAAUCCAUCGCGUCCGCGAAUGGCUCGACUCGCUCGGCUAUGCCAUUCCUCUGCAACGCCCAAGCCUCCUACAGGAUGCCUUGCGCAACGGAUCACUGCUCUGCCACUUGAUCAAUCGGAUGGCAACCAUCCCGACCCCACUUCCUGUCCACAACAAACCGUCGACCCUCCAUCAAGCCAACGAAAACGUGUUUCGUGCAUUGAGUGCGCUGCGGGCGCUUCGCCCGUCGAUCGCCCCUGCCAUGUACACUCGCCACGCCGAGCCCAUCCUGAAGGGCCAGGGUCACGUUGUUUGGGGGCUUUUGUAUUGCAUGAUGGAAACAUUCCAACAUGUGCCGGCUCAAACCGCGCCGUCCGCGCGUCCCGACUCGCGGCACACGACGGCCGCGCUCGCCGACCACAAAGUUGUGUUGGUCGAAUGGCUGCGGACGCAAGGAUAUUUGGACCAACUCGACGAUGUCAAAGGGCGCCCGACGUUUGACGACGUCCAGGUGCAUCUACAAAACGGCGUGCUGUUGAGCCAGUUGGCGGCGCGCGUGACCAACGUGCCGUUGGCAGUCAACUUGCCACUGCAGUCGUCGCCAAUUUCCAAGCAAGUCGCAUGGAGCAACAUCCAACACGCGUUGGAGCUCCUUCGCCACCAUCCAGACAUGCCGCAGCGUUUUUUGUGGUGCGAGGAAAAGAUAUACGCUGGCGAGACGCAAGUUCUUGUCGGCUUGCUGCAGGACAUUCGACGCGUCCAUGACAACGCCGCUGCCGUCCAGCCCAAGGCGCCUCCACCGACCGCGUUGUCUGACCCCGUUCGGCCGCCGUCGCCAGCAGCUGCCCCAAUUUCCCCACAGACGCCUGCGGACGACGAAGACGACGCCGCUGGACUUGUCACGUGCUGGCAUGUUGACACGCAAGUGCACAGCACACACCAGUGGCGGGAAACAGACAUCGAUCCGUCCGAAGAUCUCUUUCCCCAGCGCCACCAUCCCCCCGACGCCCCAACCGGCGACCUCGCCGUCAUGUGGCACGUCGACGACGACGUGGUUCCCCAGCCUCAGCAAUUCAAACUCGAAUCCACGUUGGUCGAGCUGGCUUCGUGGCUGCAGUCGAUGCACGUCGACGGCGCGCCAGCCACACUGGAUGCACCGACGCUGCCCCAGUUCCAAGACGGGCUGAUCCUUGUGUCGCUCAUCGAGCGGGUGAAUCACGUCCGACGUCUCGACGGCGUGUGCCGCGCCCCGAACGGCAAGCGCGCCAGCUGCCUGCACAACAUUCGCAAAGUGCUGGACUUGCUGCGGCAGAAAAAGUCGAUGCCGCUGACGCUCCUACGCCGCGACAAGGACAUCUUGGCUGGAAACCAGCAAGUGAUUGUGGCGCUGCUCGACCAAAUUCGACGGGCGUAUGGACACCACCUCGCCAAGCCGUGA